AUGAGCUCAACCUAUACCCUGUAUCAUUAUAACCCCUCGUUCCCAGCCGCUGUAUGCUUCGCGGUCGGAUUCGGUGCAUCGGCCGCCAUCCAUACCUGGCAGGCAUGCCGUACGAGAACGAAAUUCAUGGCGGCUUUUAUUAUCGGCGCAAUACGUGAGGUCGAGCUCUUCCCUGAAACCGAGCGAACCCAUACUGACCUUGUUGUUAUCUGGUAUGCAGUGGAAUCGCUAGGCUACAUCGCACGCAUGGUCAGCGCCAAACAGACCCCCGACUGGUCUGUCGGACCCUAUGCGUUGCAGAGUCUGCUUUUGCUCCUCGCGCCUCCUCUACUGGCAGCCUCGAUAUACACGAUCCUCGGUCGGAUUAUGCAUCUGGUCAAGGGCGAGAACAGAUCUCCCAUCCAGCCGACGAGAUUAACUAGGAUUUUCGUUUCGGGCGACGUGCUCUCGUUCUUGAUUCAAAGUGGAGGCGGCGCCAUCCUUGCACAGGCACAAACAGCGUCGAAAGUACAUCUUGGCGAGCGGGUGAUCAUCGUCGGCCUCUUCGUGCAAGUCAUCUUUUUCAGCGUCUUUAUGGCAGUCUCCGUCCUCUUCCACUGGAACCUCCACCGCGAUCCAACGGCUCAGACCCUGGCCCGAUCCGCGACCAAAGGACGCGCCAUCCCAUCCUGGAAAUUAUGCCUGUUUCUGCUCUACGCAACUAGCAUCCUGAUCAUGGUGCGAUCGAUUUACCGGGUGGCUGAGUAUGUCCAGGGAAGCACGGGGUACUUGCAGAGCCACGAGGCGUUUUUGUACGUGUUUGAUGCCGCGCUUAUGCUCAUUGUUUGUGGGAUUUUCAACGUGUGGUAUCCGGGGAUUCUCCUUGAGGCGGAGGAGCUUGAGGACGAAGGGUUGGGCGUUGGCAUGGAGGGGUUGGAGUAUAGGCAGAUGAGAUAG